AGCCUCGAUUUCUACCCCCUUCUCCCUUCAGAUUUGAAUCAUGAAGUCUCCUCAUUCCUUCCUCUCUCUCUCUCUCUCUCUCUCUCUCUCUCUCUCUCUAUCCUCCUAUAUUAGCUUCCAUCUUCUCACCCUUCAAAACCUCCCUCUUUUGAAAGCUGAAACCUCUUCUACCUUUUGAUUUGAUGCAGCUGAAAGUUGUCGUCCAAAAUCUGUUUUUGCUUAAUUUGUUACACUAAUCCGUUUUUUUACAAAAAUCCCAUUUGAAAGCUGCAAGCUUUUUUAGAUGAACAUGGCGGCACAGAAGCACUUACACGAGCUGCUAAGAGAAGACCAGGAGCCGUUUCUGCUCAAGAACUACAUUGCCGAUAAACGCUGCCAGCUGAAAAGUGCUUCCACCAAGAGCCAACAAAACUUACAGGUAAAAAAACGCAGACCCAUCUCCCAAGUUUCAAACUUUCCCGGCAGUCUCUGCAAAAACGCCUGCUUUUUCUCCCUCCAAGACUCGCCGGACCUUAGGAAAUCUCCGCUCUUUGACUUCUCGUCGCCAGCGGCCAAAAGCCCAUGUAAAAGCCCCAACGCCAUCUUCCUCCAAAUUCCGAACAGAACCGCGGCCCUGCUCGUGGAAGCCGCGAUGAGGAUUCAGAAGCAGUCGGCGAAUUCUAAACUAAAAACCCAGAACAAAAAUCACGGGUUCGGGCUAUUCGGGUCGUUUUUGAAGAGGUUAACGAAUCGGAAUCGGGCCCGAAGGCGGGAAGUCCACGGCGAAGAUGGGGUUCAGGUCUCGGUGAAUGACAUUCUCCGGUGGGAUUCGUCAGUCGGGAGGAGAAAGAUUUCUUCCGAUCAGGUGGAGGAAAAGGUUGAGUCUUGUUUGGAAGUUGAGGACAAAAGUGCUUCUCUGAUAAGCACUAGGAGGCCCAGCAGUGCGGUCUGGUCCGAAACCAAUGAAGCCACUUCAAGCAGCUGCAGCCAGUCUGAGGACACAGCCGAUACAGAUUAUGCUUGUAAUUGUGAAAAGCUUAAUGCUUUUUGCGAAAGCCCUUUCCGUUUCGUCCUCCAACCAACCCCCUCUCCGUCCGGCAGCCGGACGCCGGAGUUCACGUCCUCGGUGACGUCCCCUAGUCGCCACAAACAAGAGGAGGAGGGGUUGAAGAAGUCCCAAGCAGAAGUGGAGGAGGAGGAAGAGAAGGAACAAUGCAGUCCUGUUUCUGUAUUGGACCCUCCGUUCCAAGACGACGACGAGGGACGUGACGGUCACGGUGAGGAUGAUGACGACGAAGACGGUUGUGAUUUGGAGUGCAGCUAUGCCAAUGUACAGAGAACAAAGCAUCACCUUCUGCAGAAGCUUCGUAGAUUUGAGCAAUUGGCGGGGUUAGAUCCAAUUGAACUUGAGAAAAGAAUGCUAGAAGAAGAUGAUGAUGACGAUGAAUGUGAAGAAGAUGAGUCUGAAACAUCAGAUAGCAGCAGUGAAGAAACUCUUGAUGGGCUUCUCAGAGAAGUACUUUCCAAAUUAAACUUUCCUUGUAACAAAAGAAUCCCCGAGGAUGUGCAGAUAUUGGCCAUGGAUCUCAUUGUCGAGGAGCAGAGAGACGAUGAUUCUUCCAACAGAAGGGAAGAGGUGGUGAGACGGGUCUGCAAGAGAUUCGAGUCCUGGAAAGAGGUGGAGUCGAACACCAUUGACAUGAUGGUGGAACAAGACUUUCGAAAGGAGCUCGACGAGUGGAAGAAAAGUCAAGAUCAAGUGGGAGAGACUGCAAUGGAGAUUGAACUUGCCAUCUUUAGCCUACUGGUGGAGGAAAUGGCAAUUGAACUAGUUUGAUUAACUCGAAAAUUAAUCAACCGGGAAAGGCUUGAUGUUAAGGGGACCAUUCCAAAGAGAUUUGGCAUAACGUUUUAAAUUUUUGUUUCCAAAUCAAAAUAUGAUCACUUGGAGAUAGUCUGGCAUGCACGGUGAAGCAGGAAAUAGGCAUAAGAUAGUAACAUGCCUGAGGAAGUAAUUAGAGGAACUUGGGGUUAGGUGGGUGACAUGGUAUUAUCAAUGUAUAUGGAUCAUGUAUGUAGUUGAGGGGCACCGAUGUAUGUAUGUAUCCGUACGUAUUUAGACAUGGCAUGUACAAUUCUUGGCCCUUUUAAAUACCCAUAUUAUUUCCUAAAUUUUAUCA